AUGGUUUACCUGCUGAGCGACAGCCUGGCUCGCGUGUCUGGGAACACAGGAAGUGGCGGUCUGGGCUACAUCCUGGGAUCCAUCGCUAAAGACGCUGGAGGGCACUGGUACUGGGCUCUGAGGUACCUGGUCAGAGCUCAGGUGGUGCAGAAGACAGCAGUGAGCUGCACCUAUCAACCAUGCAGCAGCAAAGACAGUUUGAUAUUCGGAGCCAUCACCUGUGUGACGGGGCUGUUGGGAGUGGUGAUCGGUGCCGUGACCACACGGCUCUGCCGACAGAAGACGGAGCGUGCCGACCCGCUGGUGUGUGCGGUCAGCAUGCUGGGCUCUGCUAUCUUCAUCUGCCUCAUCUUUGUUGUGGCCAAGAAGAGCAUUGUGGGAGCAUAUAUCUGCAUUUUCAUCGGAGAGACGCUGCUCUUUUUGAACUGGGCCAUUACGGCGGACAUUUUAAUGUAUGUUGUCAUACCGACCAGAAGAGCCACUGCUGUUGCCUUCCAGGGCUUCACCUCGCAUUUACUAGGGGAUGCUGGGAGCCCGUACCUCAUUGGCUUGAUAUCAGACGCGCUGCAGGAGAGCUACACUACAUCAGCGUUAUGGCAGUUCCUGAGCUUGGGCUAUGCCCUCAUGCUCUGCCCCUUUGUCAUCGUUUUGGGAGGGAUGUUCUUCCUGGCCACCGCCCUUUUCUUCCUCGAUGAUCGUGACAAAGCGGAGAAACAAGUAAACCAGCUUUCCCGGCCGCCGUCCACAGUUAAGGUUACCAAAUGAGAUGGGGAUGCUGCAAUGGGAUGGAAAUAUGGGCAAGUGGAGGAAAAAAAACAAAAACAGAAGGAAUAAAACUAGCAGCUAACUCACUAUACAUACACUCUCGGAUCACCGCUAUCAUAUCAUCUCUGCUUUUUCAUUUCAUCCUGUGAAGGCCGUUCUG